AUGACCUGUGAACCUGGGCUCACCCGCUCAACACUGACAGACCAAGAAUUCGAGACUCGAUGGGAAGAUGUCAGACGCUUGCUCUAUGUGGUAUGCGCUAUCGAGGGUACAGAUAUGCUUCUACUACCCUCAUGCUACCGUGCUAUGGAAAUGGAUCUUGGGCUAUCUCCCAGUUCGUUGGGAUAUCUAGCCAUGGGUCAAGCCUUCUGGCAGGCAUCUGCCGCUCCACUAUGGGGCGCUGUCUCUGACUCCAUGUCAAGGCGGCUUGUUCUCACGACUGCAGUGGGGGGUUGGGCUAUAUUCACCGCUCUAACCUCGGCAGCCAGCGGAUUCUGGGUUUUAUUCGUCAUACGUUGUCUCAAUGGGAUUGCUCUGGCAUCGAUUAUACCGGUAUCACAGUCCAUUGUUGCUGAUGUAUCCCUUUCAAAGAACCGGGGAUCGACUUUUGGAUUAAUACAGUCAUUCACUUCUUUUGGACAGAUCUUCGCGAGUUUAUUUGGGACCUGGUUGAGUGGCAUCACCAUCGUACCAGGGUUCAUGGGCUGGCGGCUAACUUUCUUACUUACUGGUGCUACGAGUGCCUUCUUAGUCGUUGCGCUGCUAAGAACAUUUGAAGAACCGCCUAGGGGUGCUGCGGACAUGCACGAAGGAAUAAAAGUAGACCCGGUUGUAUAUCCCUCACAAACGUGGUUUGAUAGUCUCACGGAAGAGUACCGGAAGCUUUUCUAUUACCUCCGGGAGGUUCGGUCCUUUGUAGUUAUCGUACUCCAGGGUUGUUUUGGCACUAUACCAUGGGGAGCUUUUACAUUCACCACCUUGUGGCUACAAUAUAUUGGCUUUUCUGAUCGAUCAGCGGGAAGCUUGAUUGUCCUAUAUAUGGGUGCAGCUAUCCUCGGCAGUGUCUUAGGUGGGAAUCUAGGAGAUUGGGCGACACGACGGUGGAGAUAUUUUGGUCGCCCCUUCGUUGCCGUGUGCAGCGUCGCAGCUGGUAUCCCUACUCUUGCUAUAGCAUUCUUCGUUGUUCCACGUUCUCCCUCUUCAUACGGUAGUUAUGCUGCUCUCCUUGUUAUUUUCGGACUAGUAGCAGCAUGGCCUGCCGUAGCCACCAAUCGUCCUAUUCUAGUCGAGCUCGUUGAUUCACAUAGCAGGGCCAGCAUCAUCGCUUGGCUCACCGCCUUGGAGGGUUCUUGUGGAGCAUUGUUUGGUCCACCAAUGGUUGGUAUCAUUGCUGAACGAGUAUUCAAUUAUCAGCAUAUGUCAGUUCCUGUUGCUGAGAUGUCACUAGACAUCCGGCAUAGGAACGCUGAGGCCUUGAGUAGAGCUAUGAUCAUCCUCACAUGUCUUCCCUGGAUGAUAUGUUUGGUUUUUUAUCUCCUUCUCUUCAAGAGUUAUAAGUACGAUUGUAAGAGACGUACUCAGCAAAUCCCAGCCACAGCCGAAUCUAAAUCGCCACUGUCCAGUUCUAGCGAUGAUUGA